CCACGAACCCUAAGCCACCCUAAUCCAUCCUAAACUGCCUUAAAACCUAAACCUAGUCCUAAACUUAACCAUAACAAACGUCUUUGUUUUUAAUUCGUACAAAUGUGACACUUGUUUGGGAUGGUGCUCAGGAGCCAAUCAUGUUGCAAUGAGGCGUGUCCUACCUAGAAACUAUGUGGGAAUCCUGGUAACGCGUUGCGGCUCGGCAAAGCGCAACCUACUGGAAAAAAAUACAACAGAAAGAGGCGAAUACGCCAGGCGGCAAGGACACCCAACAGUGAAGUCUUUCUUCAGAUAAUUAAAGGAACUUUACUCCAAGAGGAUGCAAAGCAGUGAAAAGCUGAAAACGGAAAAGAUGGACAAUCUCAAUCAGUGUAAGGAGCGGCUAAGGGUGUGUGUGGCGACAUGCAACAGGGCGGACUACUCGAAGCUGGCCCCUAUCAUGUUUGGGAUCAAAUCCCACCCUGAUGAGUACGACCUGGAUGUAGUGGUGCUUGGUUCGCAUCUUAUUGAUGAUUAUGGGAACACUUUUCGAAUGAUUGAGCAGGAUGACUUUGACAUCAGCUCCAAACUGCACACGAUUGUAAGAGGGGAGGAUGAGGCAGCCAUGGUGGAGAGUGUUGGGCUUGCUCUGGUCAAACUUCCAGAUGUCCUACAAAGACUGCGGCCGGAUAUUGUUAUUAUCCAUGGAGAUCGUUUCGAUGCACUGGCUCUAGCAACUUCUGCAGCACUGAUGAACAUUAGAAUACUUCACCUAGAAGGAGGAGAGGUGAGCGGGACGAUUGAUGACUCAAUCCGCCACGCCAUCAGUAAACUGGCCCAUUACCAUGCCUGCUGCACACGAAGGGCAGAGCAAAACCUCAUUUCCAUGUGUGAAGACCACUCUCGUAUCUUGCUGGCUGGCUGUCCCUCCUAUGAUAAGCUGCUAUCACCUCAUAACCAAGACUAUUUGGAUAUCAUCAAGAGCUGGUUGGGUGACAAUGUGUGGGAUCAUGACUACAUUGUGGCUUUGCAGCACCCUGUCACCACUGAUAUUCAGCACUCUAUUAAGAUCUAUGGACUCAUGUUGGACGCACUUGUCUCCUUCAAGAAAAGAACCCUCAUCCUCUUUCCCAACAUCGAUGCUGGAAGCAAAGAAAUGGUGCGUGUAAUGAGAAAAAAGGGCAUUGAGCAGCAUCCCAACUUUCGGGCAGUGAAACACAUUCCCUUUGAGCAGUUCAUUCAACUAGUGUCCCAUGCCGGCUGCAUGAUUGGAAACAGCAGCUGUGGUGUGCGAGAGGCCGGGGCCUUUGGCACACCGGUCAUCAACCUGGGAACAAGACAAACAGGCAGAGAGACGGGUGAAAAUGUUCUGCAUGUAAGGGAUGCCGACUCGCAUGAUAAGAUCUACCAUGCUCUGCAGCUGCAGUUUGGAAAGAGAUACCCCUGUUCCAAGAUCUAUGGUGAUGGAAACGCCGUCCCUCGCAUUCUCAAGUUCUUACAAACUAUUGACCUGAAUAAGCCCCUUCAGAAGACAUUCUGCUUCCCCCCAGUGAAAGACUCAAUCUCCCAAGACAUUGAUCAUAUCCUGGAGAAACAAAGUGCUUUGGCUGUGGACCUUGGUGGGACCAACCUCAGAGUAGCAAUUGUCUGCUCUCGGGGUAAUAUAGUGAAGAAAUAUACUCAACCAAAUCCAAAAACCUUUGAGUCCAGGAUGCAGCUGAUAUUGAAAAUGUGUGAAAAGGGCAUGCAAGAUGCAGUAUCUCUCAACUGUAGGAUACUGGGUGUUGGAGUGUCAACUGGCGGACGCGUAAACCCACAAGAGGGUGUAGUACUGGACUCAACAAAGCUAAUCCAGGAGUGGACCUCUGUGGAUUUGAGAACACCCAUCUCUGAUACUUUUCACUUGCCUGUCUGGGUGGACAAUGACGGAAACUGUGCAGCCUUGGCCGAAAAGAUGUUUGGUCAUGGUAAAGGAGUAGAGAACUUUGUCACUGUCAUCACAGGAACAGGUAUUGGAGGAGGGAUUAUCCAGCAUAACGAGCUGAUCCAUGGCAACACUUUCUGCGGCGCUGAACUGGGUCACAUCAUGGUGUCGUUAGAAGGCCCGGAGUGCUCAUGUGGAAACCGAGGAUGCAUCGAGGCGUAUGCUUCUGGCCUGGCCUUGCAGAGAGAGGCCAAAAAAAUUAAUGAUGAUGAAGUGCUGAAAGUGGAGGGGUUGGAUAUAAAGCUCUCUGAGCCCAUCACUGCUGCUCACCUCAUCAGUGCAGCAAGACUGGGGAACGCCAAAGCUGUAGCUAUUCUCAACAAGGCCUCCAUGGCAUUAGGCAUGGGCAUUAUCAACAUCCUGCACACAAUCAACCCCUCACUAGUGAUCUUAUCUGGUGUCUUAGCCUCGAUCUACCAAGACCCGGUGAUGCGCCUUAUCUCUAGUAGAGCCCUCAUACCUGCUCAGAGCACUAAGUUGGUCACAUCAGAUUUGGAAGAACCCGCUUUACUAGGAGCUGCGAGCAUGGUGUUAGACUAUGCUACAAAAAGGACUUAUUAAAGGAUACACAUAUUCCUUGUCUCUUUAAUCAUGGAGGACUUCUGCCAUCAAGAAAACAUCAUCUUAAUAAGUAAACCAACUAAGGGUGGGACUCCAUUAAAAAUAUGAAUUAAUUUAUAAUGAAUUAAUCUCAAUCAAUUGCAUUUUAAUUGUAUAACAAUAUUUGUCCUAAAAGCAACAUGGUUUGAUUUUAGGAUACCUAUUUUCUAACAAUAUGGCCUUAAACAGUUUCUACGUGGCACUUGAAAAGUUGGAUCACAUGUUGGAGGGUUGAGGUGCUUUGGUGGUAUGAAAACUCUUUUUUUCGCACAGUUUUUACAAAACCACGCUUAUCAAGGCUUUCAUUGGACAGUUGUUGUUGUUUUUUUUUUAAAUGAAAUUUGCCUCCCAUCAGUCCUGGCAACGCUGUUUCAUAAAUAUGAAUAGGUACAAACGAAACGUCCCUUUUGAGGUGUGUGCCUACAGCGAAGCUAAGCGAGGAGGGUAAUAGUAGUCAGCGCAUUCAAUGUGUGUGGACGGCAACAAAACCAAAAGACCAAGGAUGCCGGGACAUUGUGCAGCAUUCAAUUACGUACAAUGGCGUACAAUUACAACAAGGGAACUGGGAGUAACUAUUCACAGGUAUAAAUAUUUUUGGGGCAUUUUAACAGCGAGGAAGACCGCAGCUGGCCCAUCUUGUCAUCUCUGUGCUUUUGCACACGAAACAUUCUGAGCUCUUAGCCUGUUUAAAAGAGGGUUUUGCGCUUUGUUAGUGGAAGGCUAACAACUAUAAUACUGAGGAAUGUAAAAUAAAACGAAAAGUCUGAAAAUUUGGGGGAAGCCAGCAACCACAUAAGUCAUUGUUUCAUUUAACUUGCCCUCAGAGUGGAGCAUACUGUAUGUACAUGUAUGUCACCAUCCUGCGUAACAUUGCCUUUAAAACUUGGGACAGUAUGUGCGUUAUGUUGUGUCAUACUUAUGUGGCUUUAUAGCGUCGCUCGCUGUUUGUGACCGGCUCCAAGUCAGCCUUUUAUCAUCCACAAGCUCCAAAAUGAAAUAGGCAAUGUGUCUCAAUAUUUUAUGUUGGCAUAAUAUUUGUACGAGCAGAAAAGUUCUUCUCGUCACUUUUCAUUUUGCCCUAUGCUUCGUUGAGCAGUGCCGUGCAGCUGCCGUUCACACAGGCUACUACUAGGUAUGUUACUAAAACUUUCAAACUACCUGUAUAUCAAAGUAGAGUAUAUUAUUGGAUAAAGAUUUGAAACAUGAAUAAAAUGAGCCCUAGUUUGUAAAAAUCACAUAAGGAUUAAGGAUUUUAUGCCACUUUUUAUGUUACAAAUUGGCCCAAAUUUACUUGUCCACAAAUCAAUGUAAAUCAAUACAAAAUGUGUGACUGAAACCUUGACUCUUUGGUAGAAAAAUGCCCAUUUGUUUCUUAUUAGUUGAGAUGAAAAUGUGAUGUUUAAACAGGGCAUUUUCAGAUUUUUCAAUAAUUCACGCGACCCAUUUUAUUCCGAGAAUAAUCUGACGAGAGCAAGCUAAUCGUCAGAUUUACUUCAAACUUAACCGAAAACAAGAACAGUAAUAGUUAAUCACGUUGGUGUAUCUUUCACUCGUGUCGAAAUCCUAUGGAUGUGUGAUUUUGGAGGCCGGAAUCAAGGAAAAAUUUCGUCUUUGUCAGAACCACAGAAAAUCUCAUCUGAAUUGAAAAUUUCAAAAACGAGGUGGUCAAGGGAUUUUCCAACGUUGUCAUCGGCCAGAAAAAAACAAGGAUUACCUUGCGUGAAACUAUGAGAUAAUGUGAUUUUGGUGCACCUUCGCUAAAUACAAGUGCGGGGAAUGAAAAUGGCAGCCGGUUAUCUGGAUUUAGUAACAUACAUACUAAUACUAUAUAGAAGCCUCACACAAAGGCACACAUAAAAAAACGAACAAAACAAAAAAAAGACAAAGGCACUCAAUGAUUGACAGUAGUACUUUUUGCUCACUGAAACUUGAACUGUUUAAUUUUACUUCGGGAGCAUGCCGUAGCGUUGACAAACAGAUGGUGUUUAAAAAAAAAUCUAAACCUAACACCAUGGCUACCUAGUGAGGUGGAAGUACAGUCCCCUCCAAAAGUAUUGGAACGGCAAGGUCAAUGCCUUUGUUUUUGAUGUACACUGAAGACAUUUGGGUUUCAGACCAAACGAUGAAUAUGAGACAAAAGUUCAGAAUUCCACCUUUUAUUUCAUGGUAUUUACAUCUAGAUGUGUUAAACAACUCAGGAAAGAGCACCUUUUGUUUGAAGCCACACACUUUUCAAGUGAGCAAAAGUAUUGGAACAGACAUUAAAUUAACUUAAAGUGAGUAACGUAAAAUUUGGUGGCAUAACCCAUACUUGCAGUAACUGCAUCAAGCAUGCAACCCAUUGACUUCACCAGACUGUUGCAUUCUUCAUUUGAAAUGCUUUCCCAGGGCUUUACUGCAGCCUCUUUCAGUUCUUGUUUGUUUGUUUUUCUGGGCGUUUCUCCCUUCAGUCUCCUCUUCAGGAGGUAAAGUGGAUACUUUAUUGGGUUAAGGUCCGGUGAUUGACUUGGUCAGUCUAAGACCUUCCACUUUUUCCCCCUGAAGAAGUCCUUUGAUGUGUUGGCAGUGUGUUUGGGGUCAUUGUCUUGUUUGCGUGAUGAAGAUUCUCCUGAUUAUUUUGUAGGCAUUUUUCUCUAAAUUGCCAGACAAAAUGGUUUUGUAGACCAGAAUUGCUUCUGCUGCUACUAUCACGAGUUACACCAUCAAUAAAGACAAGUGAGCCCGUUCCAGAGGCAGCCAUGUAAACCAAGCCCAAGCCACGACAUUACCUCCACCAUGCUCCACAGAGGAGCUUGUGUGUUUUGGAUAAUGAGCAGAUCCUUUCUUUCUCCAUACUUUGGCCUUUGCAUCACUUUGGUAGCGGUUAAUCUUGGUCUCAGCAGUCCAUAAAACUUCGUUCCAAAACGUUUGUGGCUCAUCUCUGUACUUUGCAAAAUCCAAUCCAGACUUUUUGCUGAUGAGUGGUUUGCAUCUUGUGGUAUGGCCGGAAUGUUUCUUCUCUCGGAGUCUUCUGCAAACGGUGGAUUCUGAUACCUUCACCCCUGCCCUGUGGACGUUGGCAGUGAUGUCACUGACUGUUGUCUUUGGGUGUUUCUUCACAGCUCUCACAAUGUUUCUGUCGUCAUUCAUCAUCAUUCUGCUGUUGAGACCCUUGGCCGACCUGUUCAAUGUCUUGCUCAGUACACCAGUAGUUUUUCUUUUUCAGUACAUUCCAAAUUGUAGUAUUGGCUAUUCCCAAUGUUUGUCCAACAGCUCUGAUCAAUUUUCCCUUUUCUCUCAGCUUCAAAACGGUUUGAUUUUCUCCCAUAGACAGCUCUCUGGUCUUCGUUUGGUUAACAGCAACUGCAGUUUUUCACAGGUCAAACCCAAAGCCAAAAACAACCUAAGCAACUAGAAACACCCAUCGGUCAUGUUCCAAUACUCUUUGCUCACUUGAAAAGUGGGUGGCUACAAACAAAAAGUGCUCUGUCCUGAGUUGUUUAGUACAUCUAGAUGUAAGUACCAUGAAAUAAAUUCUGGAAUUCUGGAGUUUUGUCUCAUACUCAUCUUUUGAUCUGAAACCCAAAUGUCUUCGGUAUACAAAAAAAACAAAGGAAUUGACCUUGCCUUUCCGAUACUUUUGGAAAGCUAUUGUUUGCGUAUUUUUUUUAAACUAAUUCAUCGACCCUGAACGGGAUAAGCGGUAUUGAGAAUGGAUGGAUGGAUUAAUUUGUUUGUAAUUUAUUCAUCGCAAAUGUGUUAAAGUUCCACCCCGAAACCAAACAUAUCCAGCUUUUGUUUAUUAUUUUUAAAAAUGCGUUAGGUCCAUUUCUUUUUGCCGUUUGGUGUUUAUGUAAAUGGGACUCAUUCUCCAACUGUUGACAGUUUAUUCAUUCCGAACCAAAGGUUGGCCAUAUUCCCGCAUGGAGACUUCAUGUCAAAUGAAUCCAUUGUGCAAUCAAUCAGAUCAAAUCUGAUCAAAUUGUCCUGAUUAAAAAGAAAAGCAGGUAGUUUUGUUUUUACAAAAAUAUAGCAUGAGAACAUACACGAGGUAGUAAUUUGGUGAUGUAAAAUAACUAGCCCAUUAAAAGGCUUGUUGCGCUCAUGGGUGAUUGAAAAGUAACUCCCUAUUUUAAAAUACCUAUUUAUUCAUAUGUUGUAAUAUUUUUCUCAAUGUUUUUGUGUAUGUUCCAUGAUUAAAGGAGCAAGUCUAUUCUACCAAACCAACGACUUUGGAAGAACUUGAAGGGCGAAUACGAGAUGUUGUCUUCCAUCCCACAAGAGUUCCUUGUGAAAUCAGUUAAUGCAGUUCCCAGGCGGCUUGAGAAACUGGUGGCUAAUGCUGGCGCCCAUAUCAAAUUUUAAAUAAAACUCCAUGCAAUACACUUUCUUCUCAUGUUAAUUUCUUGUAACAAUUAUAGUUCAGAAAUAAAUUAUAAGUACUUAAAAAUAGGGAGUUACUUUUCAAUCACCCCCGGUAUAUUUCUUCUUCUUUAACCUUUCUACAAAUGCUGUUUAAGAUAAUGGUGACUAUCGCUAUAUAACAUCAUACAUUCCACAUUCAGUGUCUUAUUAUUAAUCAUUCUUGAAGACUUGGAGGGGGGAAAUAUUGAUUUUGGCUAGUGGUCUCAGAGAUUUGAUAAUUUACCUAAAAUUGAAAUAAUUUAAUUAUUGAAUUAUAAGCUGAAGACUGUUGUAACUGAAACUUACUCUUUUUACUGAUAUGAUGAUGAAUGGUUAUAGUGGUAUACAUUUUACGUAUUAUUCUUUAUAAUUCCAUUGUGGGUUUUUUGUCAUUGGUUUAUGAUGGUCCAAGUAAAUACAGGAGUUUCAUUUAAAGCACCUUUCUACCUUCAAGGUAGCUUUUUAACAAUGUUACCUCAUUCACAUAAUUAUGUGUGACAUGGAAGAACAGUAAGCAGCUCAUGAACCAUCGUUGGGGAACUGAGUGUUGAAUCAACAUUUUUCCCAUGCUAUACAACACGGCCAUUGUACCGCCUCUGCCAUGUCUUAUUUUACAUACCUAUAUAUAUACACACACAUAUAUGUAUGUACACAUUGAGUUAAAUAAAGAGAAUACUAUUUGUGA